AGAACAAACAACAACAACAAGAAGAAGAAGAAACCCAUCAGUGGGGAACAAGAAAAACAAAAUGAACUUGAUCAGAUGUAGCUAUGAUCCUAUUUUUCUCUGAGCGGAAGGAUGGAUGUCCCGCAGAGUCCCGGGCCGUCCUCCAUCAGAGAGCUGUCUCACUGCUACCGGGCUCUUCUCGGAGGAGCAUGUCCUAAACUAAGCGACGCUGAGGUUGCGAGGCUGCUUUUUUCUGGCGUUUGUGGACAGGUGCCGGAAAGGGACACGCAGGAAGGCGCUGAAGCCGCGUGGGAGCUGAUUGUCUUCAGUCUGACUCUGCUGAGGAAGAUCUGCUGCGGGGUGUCCGCUCACAGCCUGCAUGGAGCUGUCCGGGGUCCCUGGGGGGACAUCCUCAGCCUGCUGUUUGACCGCAUGGACCUCAUGUCUCAGCUUGUGCUCCACUUCCAGUCUGAGGAUCAGGUGAUCUCACAUCUGGCUGCAAAGUCUGCAUCUGUGUGUGUUCUCUACCUCAUCAGCACAUCAGGUGCAGUGAGUCCUGUUUGGCAGAAGCAGUGUGUGCAGGCUUUCAGCAGCUCUCCUCCUGCUCCUGAACUUGACGCCUGCCUUUGGUCUCUCACUGAAGUUGUCAAAAAGCUUCUCAAACAGUCGAAUCACGUGCUCCUUGCAGAGGUCGUGGCGGCGUUUGACUGCAGCCUGACUGCUUUGUGUUCUAAGCUGCUUCCUGAAGAGAGGACGGACGUUGGCUUCGGCGGCUCAUGGAGGACGACGUUCUGUCUGCUGUUGGACCUGCUGGAGGUUCUGACUGCAUCGGGUUUGGUUUGUGGAGCUGGGCUCAACCUGAGAAGCCAGAGGAUACCUGCAGUCCAGUCUGCAGCACUCCUGCUGACCGUCAGCUGCUGCUCUGACUACUUUGUGAAAAAGCGAAUCCUACUUCUGCUCAAGAGAGUUCUGCUUCAGAAGCUGGGAGAGGACUGGUCCCUGGAGGGAGUGGCUCUGUCCGUACAGGAGCACAGAGAUUUGCAUGCUGACCGCUGUGGGCUGGCUCAGUGCGUCUUACAGGCAGUGGCUGCUGACUGGCUGCAGAGCCUGCAGGUGGAACGGGCCAUGUUCUUUGGAGGGCGAGAAAAGGAAGGCCUGAAACCAGACGGCACCAUGCUGAGGGCAGUCAGUCUGGUUCUUCUUAAGUCUGUGGAGCUUCACCUCCAGACAGCUGCUGCUGCAGGUAAGGACAGACCCUCAGAGGUUGACUCAUAUCUACAGAGUCUGUGGUCCUGGUUGAGGAGGCUGGACUUAUCUCAGACUGAAGUCAGUCACUCUUGCAGCUGGAUCAGCCUGCUGUUUGGAGAACAGGAUGAUGACCUAAUGGAAGCAGCCAGUUCAUCUCUGUCCAUAUUCCUCAGCUACAGACGGUGUUCAGGCUGGGACAGCUAUUCAGUGCUGGAGGCAGCCUGUGCAUCUGGAUGCAACCCUCACUGCCACUUCGUGCUCCUGCUGCAGAGCCUCUCCUUUGACCACAGCAUCUUCCUCGACUUCCUCAUCUCCUCGGAAACCUGCUUCCUGGAAUACUUUGUUCGCUACCUGAAGUACCUCAGAGGAGACUGGCAAGGCUUUGCUGCGGCGUGCGGACACAGAAAUGUGAAGCGUCUUGCUGACGCUUGUGGGUGUGAGCAUGGUGAAGGCCUGCAGCCUGCAGGUUCUGUCCCACCACUGGAAGGUUCCAGUUUGGGCGUUGGGCUUCGUCUUGUAGAGUAUGACAGUUCUGACGAGUCCAGUGAAGAAAUCCCUGAUGGGCACAAACGAUCUGAAACCAAGCUGAAAACCAAACCCAGUUUAUUACUGAUACAAAGUGAGAAAGUGUGUCCAACUGCAGCAGGCGUGUUGGAGGAAGAGACAUGUGACGUGUUGGACAGAGCCGUCUCCUGCCUGUCAGAACUCAGACAGGUGGUGACGAGGCUGCAGACCAAACAACUCUUCCCUUACAACCCUUCAUCGCUCCUGAAGCUUCUAGCACAAGUAAAGAACUGUCAUCAGAGGUCACCACUUUCAUAAGCUGUUUGAAUGAAAAAUAAACUAUUUUUGAAAACUUAA